GUAACAUUGACUGGGGGUGAGUAAAGACUGAAUAUUUACUGUACAUUUAAAAAUUAAAUACCACCGACACAUUUGGCGAAGUUGUCCUCGGGUAGUGGCGGGUCCUCUUUUCUCUCUCAGCUAACAUACAAAUUUCGGAAAGUAGUGACUGAAAAUGGCCGAUCCAGCCUACCCACCCCCUUACGGCCAGCAGGGCCCUCCCCCUCCUCCAGGGGGUUACGGCCCUCCGCCCGGGGGGUAUGGUCAGCCACAUCCUGGGUAUGGUCAGCCACAGCCUGGAUAUGGUUACGGCCAACCAAUGAUGCAGCAACAGUCUAACGUGGUGGUGGUUCAGGGAGGGGGGACCACCGUGGUGGAACAGCGAAAAAAGAGAUUCCACGAAGAGACGUGUCUAAACCUAAUCAUUUGCCUGCUAUUCUGGCCUUGGAUCUUCGUCUGGAUUGGUUUGUGCAUUUGUGACGUGUAAGAAACUCGGGAGUCAUGGAUUAUGGAAUCAAAGAAGCCAGCAAACUGUCCAUUAUUCGACAUCAUGAUCCUUAUAAUGUGUGUUUUUAUAAAAUAUAUAUAAACAUUUGUUUACGAAUGACGUGACGGGUUCAUUGGCAGGAUGACGGGCGUUAUUUCGUGGUUUGACAAAUGUUUAUGCUGUGUAUAAACUGCUACCUUUCCGGAAAGAUAUAUUCCAGUAUUAAAACGAGGCUUAUUUUCUUUAAGUGCAGGAAUUCCGUCCUAGAAUUAACAAUGCAAUAUAUAUGAGGUUGUUUUGAUUAACUUUUGUUAUUUAAUGUGCAUUUGUUUUUGUUAUAUAUACGCUUUUGUGGGGUGUUUCCUUCAUAUGUCAAGUUACACUUUUUCAUUGCACUCGGUUAAGUUGCACAUUGAAUAUAAAGUCUACAAAAAAAAAAAAAGAUUAGGAUUUGGAUUUCUAAUAAUUCAGUUGAUUAUUAUAAUUUUUUUUCUUUUCUUGUCUUGUUGUCGCCAUAUAAUCUGUGAUAUAUUUUUUUAACCUCUAUUGUAUGAUUACAAAACAUGUACAUGUAUGGGAUGGGGGAUAGACAAUCACGAAGAACAGAUUUUUCAGGAAAGCAGUAACGUUUGUAAAAUGAUUUUUUUUAAAAUCAAAUUCGCAUCUUAUUCAUAACAAUGUUUCAUCCUGUAUAGUAUUACAAAACAAGCUUGGGCUGUUAUUAAAGCCAUUAUUUUUUCCCCUCAAAGUAAUGUUUUGCCUUUCUGUGAAUGCGUUUACUGGGGGUUUUUAAGGGGGUGUGGAAGGGGGGUUAGGGGGAUGGGGGUAGUUUUUUGUUUUCUUUUUCGCAAAAUGAUCUAAGAUCAAUUAAAAAAAUCUUUAAUAAAUAUAUACAUAUUUAAAUUGGGUUAUGUUUCUUAUGUUGAAGAAACUUAAUACACAUUUCAUUGAUAUAUCGGAGUGUGUGCAGGAGAUAAACCAAUAAAAUAUCAAAAUUAU